AUGCAGUUUGAGCAAAUGCUUGCAAGCAUGACGGAGGCCCCAAAGUCAGGAGAGAGAAAGAAGAAGACCGGGCGAAGGGGCACGCGUGUCGUAGAAGGGAAAUGUGAGGACAGCUCUUCACCUGCGCGGAAGCGCUCCCACCCUGGUCCAAGCUCGACGAACCCCGGCAAGGCCAGCAAGAAGGCAGGUAAAGCAAGAACGGCAGACGCCCAGUUCGAGCAAACGCUUGCGAGGAUCACGGAGGCCGCAAGGCCUGGCGACAGAAGGAAAACCGGUGGCAUCAGCACGUGUGCCAUGGAAGGGAAAUGUGAGGACAGCUCUUCACCUGCGCGGAAGCGCUCCCACCCUGGUCCAAGCUCGAGGAACGCUUGCAAGGCCAGCAAGAAGGCAGUGAAAGCAGGAACUCCGGACGCCCAGUUUGAGCGAACGCUUUCGAGGAUGACACAGGCCUCAAAGCCUGGCGAGAGAAGGAAGACCGGCGGCAUCAGCACGCGUGCCAUGGAAGGGAAGUGUGAGGACAGCUCUUCACCUGCGCGGAAGCGCUCCCACCCUGGUCUUAGCUCGACGAACGCCGGCAAGGCCAGCAAGAAGGCAGUGAAAGCAGGAACUCCGGACGCCAAGUUUGAUCAACCGCAUUCGAGGAUGACGGAGGCCUCAAAGCCUGUCGAGAGAAGGAAGACCGGCGGCAUCAGCACGCGUGCCAUGGAAGGGAAGUGUGAGGACAGCUCUUCACCUGCGCGGAAGCGCUCCCACCCUGGUCCAAGCUCGAAGAACGCUUGCAAGGCCAGCAAGAUGGCAGUGAAAGCAGAAACUUAG